UAUCGUAGAUGUCACUUCCUUUUGGCCUGCGUGCUUUUCCAUCAACGACGGGCUCCGGUGUGAGCCGUCGCCAUGCGUGUCGAGAAAUGUUACUUCUGCUCCGCUCCCAUUUACCCGGGGCACGGGAUGAUGUUUGUAAGGAACGACUGCAAGGCGUUUAGGUUUUGUCGAUCAAAAUGCCACAAAAACUUCAAGAAGAAGCGUAAUCCCAGGAAGGUCAGAUGGACCAAAGCUUUCAGGAAAUCGGCUGGUAAAGAGUUGACUGUGGACAAUGCAUUUGAAUUUGAAAAGAGAAGAAACGAACCUGUUAAAUACAAGAGGGAGUUGUGGAGCAAGACAGUUGAGGCAAUGAAGCGCGUGGAGGAGAUCAAGCAGAAGCGGCAGGCACGGUUUAUCAUGAACAGACUUAAAAAAGGCAAAGAGUUGCAGAAGGCACAGGAUAUCAAAGAAGUCAAGCAAAAUAUCCAUCUCAUCCGUGCUCCUCACGCUGGCAAAGCAAAAAAGCUGGAAGACAAAAUGGUUCAGAGAUUGCAGAAGGAUGUGGAAAUGGAGGACUCAUCUUAAUGUACAUAACGUGCAAGAUUUUCUUGUAAUUCACCAUUAUUCACGCACUUUGAACAAUAACCUUAUGGUCUUGUUUGCUCAGAGAUUUUGGUAGAAGCCAAAACAUAUGUUGCCAGACUAUUAGUUUCUCUGCCCAGUUCUUGAGAAAUAAACAUUUUUUUUAUUU